ACUCGGUGCCUGCGGCUCUGCCAGAUUACUCGAUGCCCGCGGUUCUGCCAGAUGGCUCAGUGCCCGCUGUCGUGCCAGAUGGCUCGGUGCCCGCUGUCGUGCCAGAUGGCUCGGUGCCCGUUGUUGUGCCAGAUGACUCGGUGCCCGCUGUCGUGCCAGAUGCCUCGGUGCCCGCUGUCGUGCCAGAUGACUCAGUGCCCGCUGUCAUGCCUGAUGCCUCGGUGCCCGCUGCCUCAUCUGAUGGCCGGUGCCCGCUGCGUCGUCUGAUGGCCGGUGCCUGCUGCCUCGCCUGAUGUGCCUCUGUCCGCUGCCCAGCCUGAUGUGCCUCUGUCUGCUGCCCAGCCUAAUGUGCCUCUGUCCGCUGCCCAGCCUGAUGUGCCUCUGUCUGCUGCCCAGCCUAAUGUGCCUCUGUCCGCUGCCCAGCCUGAUGUGCCUCUGUCUGCUGCCCAGCC